UUUGAAAUGUCACAAAUCCUAUCCUCGGCGGUUGUGCCAAUAGCUGUGCUUCAAUAGAGUUCUCGCUGCCUGUCCACUACUUCUAGCUAGCAGCUAGCUCAACGAUACCGCUGUUGUCCACUUGUAGGAGGAUAAGAAGAAGAUGGACCCACCUGGGUCAACCGCGGGAGCGUGUACUACUAGUAGUGCAGCCGAUACUCCCUCGAGCACUACUAGUACCAAAGCUACCCAGGUGACCAAUGACAGUAAUAGUCCCCCCGAAGCAAUCAUGAAAGAAAAGCCCUUUGCGAUGGUGGAUGCUACCAUGAUAAAAAACAAGGUGCCACCACCAGAGGAACAAGUUCCCACUCCAAAUCCCAUGGUGGCCAUUGUAUCUUCCUCUACGGCAGAGUCGACUGCAGCUUCGACUGGUGGCAAUGGCGGCCGACGCUCCAGCAAGCGCACAACGAUGACAACAACAACGACAACGGCCCCUCCUCCGGCCAAGAAAAAGCCCAAAACGAGCAGCAAAAAAGAACAAGAUUUGAUCGACAUGGCGUGGAUUUGUGUGGCAUGUCGGGAAGCCGAAUGUGCCAUGGACAUGACGUCCGACUUGUUAAUUUGCGAAGGUCCCUGUCGACGACUCUUUCACACGGCAUGUGCCGGAUUGGCCCAAAUGCCAUGUUCGGACGAAAGUUGGACGUGUCACGAUUGUCGGGAUCAACGGCAUCUCUGUGCGUGUUGUCAGGAAUAUGGAAAUGACCAGGAAGAUAUCUUCAAGUGCCAAAAACAAGAGUGUGGACUCUUUUUUCACGAGGCUUGUUUGAAUAUGCAAAACAUUGCCGUCAAAACAACAACAAAUACUAAUAGUGCGGCAACUAAUGAACCCGAAACUAAUGAACACGAAAAGGACGAGGAGGCAACUACAGCACCAACACCCAGAUCGGUCAAGUUCACCUGUCCGGCCCACUGGUGUUGGACUUGCACACAAGACGAAACCAUGGACGACAGCAAUACUGCACAACAAAAGACAAAAACCAAAGGACGACGUCGUAGCCGCACUUCUUCCGUCUUUGUUCCCAAGAGAGAUCCCCGGCUCUAUUCUUGUCUGGAAUGCCCCACCAGUUAUCAUUUGACGUGCAUUCCUCCGUCUUGCAAAGUCCACGAAUUGGCCUUGUUGUGUCAUGAACAUGCCGAAAAUCACGAAUUGCCGGCGUUGGAUAUGGAAGCAUCGUUCCAAGGAACCGUCGAAGCUGCUGCCGACAAGAAACUGCAAAAAUUAAAUCACAAACACAACCUCGACAAUAAUCCUUUGGCGGCCAAGCUCAAUCGGAAGCGGCUCAAGCGACGCAAGGCUCGAAAUCCAUUUUUCCCAGCGGGUGUCGUGGUCGAUCGACGGACUGCCCACGAACAAGUCAUCUUGUCCAAAUUGAGCACCACUACUGCAAAGGCUACAGAUCCCACCAAAGAGGACGACGAAAUGACUGUGGAAUUGAUCCUCGGCAACAAUAACAACAACAGCAACAACACCAAUAGUAGUAGUUCUGCCAGCUCGGAUCAACGAUUGCUCUUUGGCUUGCCACAAGACAUUCAAGAAGAGGUGCAUUCCAAACCACCCCUCUACAAACACAUUCACUCCCUCAAAUACUACCCCGACAGCAAGCCCAAAAAGAUUCCUCCCACCAAGGACAUUUGCAACUGCGUCGACAAGUGUGAUGAACACUGUUUGAAUUGGCUCCUCUACAAGGAAUGCGUUGGCGAGAAAGGUAGCUACACCAAUUGUCGGCUGGGACCCAAAUGUGGCAAUCGCAAGUUGGGACUCAAGCAACACGUGAAAAAGUGCAAACCCAUGCGGGAACAAGGACGUGGAUGGGGUCUCGCGGUACAAGAAACUGUCAAACGAGGCGGUCUCGUACAAGAAUAUCUGGGAGAUGUCAUUGACGAACCAACCAAAGAGGAACGACUGCGACAGUGGAACCUCGAACACCCCAAUGAUCCCAAUUACUACAUUAUGUGCCUCAGCAGUGGUUGGUACGUCGAUGCCCGAGAAACGGCCAACAUGGCACGAUUCAUUAAUCAUUCCUGCGAUCCCAAUUGCAUCUUGUGGCGGUUCAACGUGGGAGGGUACAUGCGAGAUGGGAUCUUUGCCCUGCGCGACAUUCAGCCGGGUGAAUUCUUGAGUUACGAUUACCACUUUGAUACCAAGCAGGGCGACAAGUUUGUCUGCCGAUGUGGGAGUAAGAAUUGUCGUGGGACCAUGAAGGAGCAACAGCAAAAAAAGGCCGACACCAAGAAAACCAAGGGCCAACUGUGGGAACAAGCCAAGCAAAAGUACGAAAAAGACAAGGAGUAUAUCCAAAAUUACAAUGCGCACGAAAAGCACAACGCGACGGUGUGGGCCAUGGUUCCUGGAACUAGUAACAGUGGCAAUACAAAGGGGGGAGACAAGGUAGAAUGGACGUCCAACGGUGUUCCCGAGAUUGACCGGUUUUACGCCACUCGCUCCCGCGUCUUUUUGUGGCGAACAGCGGUGCUGGGAUCCAAUUUUGCGUCUCGCAAUGCUCGAAUGGAGCGUCGUCGUCGUCGUAGUCGGCAACCAUCGCCUGCUGCAGCAACAGCACCCAAGGCUACCAUGGACGUGCUGGCCAUUUUGGAGCAGCUCAAAGGCGGCGCUUAGAUUUGGCAGUUGGAAGGAAGGGAUGAGGUACACCCGAGCUUCAAGGAAAGAACAACUCUUUCCGGUGAGGUUUGUACCGGUGCUGCACUCAUGUUUAGCUAGCUAGCAAGUCAUUCUCUAAUCUAGCAAAAUGGUACCGUUACUAUGGUACUCGCCUGUUUAGGUACUAGCUAGUAACCGACAAGGGCACUGACCUUCAGCCCUCAAACAAACUAUCAUGUGGCCUGGUUUCGAAAAGUUUAAGCCGCAGCCGAUAUGCCAAUGACCAGCCAAAGGAGAAAUACUUGAGAGCGAUCUCCACCGAUGAGUUCGCAGCCAGAAGCUUCCAAAAGGUCGCCAUACAUACG